CCGCUCUGACCGGAAACAUGAGAGGUCUCCGCCGCCUCUAACGGUUCGUUUACCGGCGGUGCGUUUCCCGGUGAUGUUCCCGUGAAGCUGCCGCCGUCUGAAGCGGACUUUGGUCGUUUCCUCCAACCGGGAAGUAUCUCAGUAACCCGGUCAGUCUGCCUGCAGCAGCUUCUGCAAAGCAUGCUGGGAGCUGGGGGGGGUGCCCCUCCCUCCCUCAACUGUCUCUCUCUGGUUCCUGAUUGGCUGCUCGCUCACCCAGCUGACUGCCCUCUGUCAGAAAGAGAGAGAGAGAGGGAGGGAGAUGGAGGCGACAGCGAUGGGGUCAGCCGUGGGUCCUCCAACAUGGCGGCAGCUUCCUAUGACCAGCUGCUGAGGCAGGUGGAGGUGUUAAAGAUGGAGAACUCCAACCUGAGACAGGAGCUGCAGGACAACUCCAACCACUUGACCAAGCUGGAGACAGAGGCCUCCAACAUGAAGGAAGUACUCAAGCAGCUGCAGGGCACCAUAGAAGAAGAGUCUGGUGAAGCGUCUGGAUCUCAGCUAGAGCUCAUUGAAAGACUGAAAGAGAUGAGCCUGGACUCUGCAGGUCUAAAGUGCAGGUCCAGGCCUCCUCUGCCCCCCUCGUCCUCCCCCAGCUCCACCUCCUCUGGUUCUGGAGCUCCUGGAGGAGCAGCCGGAGGCUCCGGAGCUCCAGGCCCCCCGACGACCACAGCCUUUCCCAGGAGAGGGCUGCCGUCUGCUGGCAGAGACAGUCACGACCGCUGCUUGGAGGAGCUGGAGAAAGAGAGGUCUCUCCUAUUGGCUGAGCUGGAGAAGGAGGAGAAGGAGAAGGACUGGUACUACGCUCAGUUACAGAAUCUUACCAAGAGGAUCGACAGUCUGCCACUCACUGAAAACUUCACUCUGCAGACGGACAUGAGUCGUCGACAGCUGGAGUUUGAGGCUCGUCAGAUUCGAUCAGCGAUGGAGGAGCAGCUGGGCUCCUGUCAGGAGAUGGAGAGGAGAGCUCAGGCUCGUGUGUCUCGUAUUCAGCAGAUAGAGAAAGACAUCCUGAGACUGGGAGCUCGCCUGCAGGUGGAGGCAGCUCAGGGGGCGAGCGACAGCAGCGGGUUGGCUGGAGCUCAGAGCUCCAGCAGCCGAUUGGACCACGAGCCCGCCAAUGAAGCCAGCUACUCUGUGCCUCGACGAAUCACCAGCCACCUGGGCACCAAGGUAGAGAUGGUGUACAGUCUUCUGUCCAUGCUGGGGACUCAUGAUAAAGACGACAUGUCGCGGACGCUUCUCGCCAUGUCGAGCUCGCAGGACUCGUGUAUCGCCAUGCGUCAGUCCGGCUGCCUGCCGCUGCUCAUCCAGCUGCUGCACGGCAACGACAAGGACUCCCUCCUGCUCGGUAACUCCCGCGGCAGUAAGGAGGCUCGUGCACGGGCUUCGGCAGCGCUGCACAACAUCGUCCACAGUCAGCCGGAUGACAAACGAGGACGGCGUGAGAUCAGAGUGCUCCACCUGCUGGAGCAGGUACGUCAUUACUGCGAAGCCUGUUGGAGCUGGCAAGAAAACCAUGAGAGGGGCGUCGACCAAGAGGACAACCCCAUGCCGUCUCCAGUGGAACAUCAGAUCUGUCCGGCCGUCUGUGUCCUCAUGAAACUUUCCUUUGAUGAAGAACAUCGACACGCCAUGAACGAACUUGGUGGUCUGCAGGCGGUGGCCGAGCUGCUGCAGGUGGACUGUGAGAUGUUCGGUCUGAGUAGCGAUCACUACAGCGUCACUCUGCGGCGGUACGCCGGCAUGGCGCUCACUAACCUGACAUUCGGUGACGUGGCCAACAAGGCCACGCUGUGCUCCAUGAAGGGCUGCAUGAGAGCGAUGGUUGCCCAGCUGAAGUCUGAGAGUGAAGACCUGCAGCAGGUGAUAGCAAGCGUUUUGAGGAACUUGUCAUGGCGUGCUGAUGUGAACAGUAAGAAGACGCUACGGGAGGUCGGCAGCGUGCGAGCGCUGAUGGGCUGCGCCCUGGAGGUCCAGAAGGAGUCGACUCUGAAGUCCGUACUGAGCGCGCUCUGGAACCUGUCGGCUCACUGCACAGAGAACAAGGCGGACAUCUGUGCGGUGGACGGCGCUCUGGCGUUUCUGGUGGGAACUCUGACUCAUCGAAGCCACACCAACACACUCGCCAUCAUCGAGAGCGGCGGCGGCAUCCUGCGCAACGUGUCCAGCCUCAUCGCCACCAAUGAAGCGCACAGGCAGAUCCUGCGGGAGCAUGGCUGCCUGCCGACGCUGCUGCAGCACCUGAAGUCUCACAGUCUGACCAUCGUGUCCAACGCCUGCGGGACGCUCUGGAACCUGUCAGCUCGAGACGCCAAAGACCAGGAGGCGUUAUGGGAGCUGGGUGCCGUGGGCAUGCUGCGUAACCUCAUCCACUCCCGUCACAAGAUGAUCGCCAUGGGCAGCGCCGCCGCCCUGCGCAACCUGAUGGCCAACCGCCCAGCACGCUACAAGGACGCCAGUGUGGUGUCACCCGGUGCCGGUGCCCCAUCGCUGCAAGCCCGCAAACAGAAGGCGUUGUUCGAGGAGCUGGACGCGCAGCAGCUGUCUGAAACUUUUGACAACAUCGACAACCUGAGCCCCAAGGCUGCACACAGGAAGGGGCGGGGCUGUAAUGGCGCCGGAGGAGGAGGGAACGCGACGCGCUCAUAUGCAAACACGCCAGUGCUGUCAAGCCCAAAGAAUGGAGACGGAUCAAAGAGGACAGGGGAGGAGUCAGCGUACCCUCGGCCGGUUUUCCCACCCAGCGUCCGAGCGUCCAGCGACAGCCUCAACAGUGUGACGAGCGCCGACGGCUACGGCAACCGUGGCAAGACAAAACCUUCAUCGGAGCCGUUCUACUCGUCGGACGAGAGCGGAGCCAACAAGUGCUGCGUCUACAGGAAGUACCCGGCUGAUCUGGCCCACAAGAUCCGCAGCGCCAAUCACAUGGCUGAUGAUGAUGGUGCAGAACUGGACACGCCCAUCAACUACAGCCUGAAGUACUCUGAUGAACAGCUGAAUUCUGGGAGACAGAGUCCGAGUCACCGCGGCGGCAUCGAGAGUGACGAUGAUGACGGACAGGACGCCAGGCUGAGGCGGAGGAACGACGGCAGCGAAUCGGGAGCGAGCAGCCGCAUGGCAUCUGUUCCGCAGCCGCGCUAUGUUGUUGUCACGGCAACAUCAAACUACAGCAGUGACUCGACAGGCGAACAGCCAAUAGACUACAGCCUGAAGUACGGCACCGAGGCCCGCAAACCACUGUUCAAGUCAGAAGAGACUGCCGCCCCCUCCCUGCCCCCUCCUGCUUCCACUUCUGCUAGUAAGCUCCGACCCCCUCCUCCUCCAGCCAAUCGGGGAGUGUCUAAAAGCAACCAGGAGUCAACGCAGACGUACUGUGUGGAGGACACACCCAUCUGUUUCUCCAGAGGCAGCUCGCUGUCAUCGCUGUCAUCGGAGGAGGAAGAGGAUGGUGAUGUCAUCGGGAGAAAGAGGAGGGGUGGAAGUGGCGGAGGUGGCAACGAUUACCCGACACUUCCUGUCAGUGAGAAAGACGCACAUGAGCAGCAGCAGCAGCGGCAGCAGAAGGAGGCAGAGAGCCAGACUGCCGCCGCUCCUUCUACACGAGGGCGACGAGGUCAUCACCACCACCACGGCCAUGCCCACCACCACCACCACCACCAUGUGACAUCAUCAUCCGGUGCCAGGACUCCUAAAAGCCCACCAGAGCAGCCGUAUGCUCAGGAGACUCCGCUGAUGUUCAGCCGCUGCACAUCCGUCAGCUCCCUCGACAGCUUCUCCACCUCCUCCAUCGCCAGCUCCGUGCGCUCAAGUGAGCCGUGUAGCGGCGUGCCGAGUGGCGUGGUCAGCCCCAGUGACCUGCCCGACAGCCCCGGACAGACAAUGCCGCCGAGCCGCGCCAAGACGCCGCCGCCUCCGCAGACGCAGAAGACCAAGGAGGAGGAGACAGCCAAGAAGAAGGACGAAGAGGAGAGCAGCACUGAUGUCCUGCUGCACUUCGCCACCGAGAGCACGCCGCAUGGCUUCUCCCGAGCCUCCAGUCUGAGCGCGCUCAGUCUGGAUGAGCCGUACAUCGCAGCGGAGAUGAAGAAGAAGGAGGAGGAGGAGGGAGUGAGCGAGGAGAGGAAGGAGGAGGUGGCGAAGCCGAUCCUCGACGAGUCGGACGACGACGACGACAUCGAGAUCCUGGAGGCGUGCAUCAACAUGGCCAUGCCUAAGUCGUCACGGAAACCAAAGAAACAGCAACAAGCAGUGCCACGGAAACCCAGCCAGCUUCCUGUCUACAAGCUCCUCCCACCUCAAAGCCGCACCCAAUCACAGCAGAGGAAGGAUGUGCCGCUGCCGCCGCCGGAGGAGGUGCCGAGAGUUUACUGCGUGGAGGGAACACCGCUCAACUUCUCCACCGCCACCUCGCUCAGUGAUCUCACCAUCGACUCUCCGCCAAAUGAGGAGGCAGCAGCUGUCAUACCUCUGGCGCCGCCCACCUCCACCCAAAGGAGGCGACCCGGACUUCCCGAGGGUGAAAACGGUGAUGACAUUCUCGCCGAGUGCAUCAGUGCCGCCAUGCCCAAAGCCAAACCCAGGAAACCAAUCAGAGCGGCAGCAAAUGGCGAGCAUCUCCAAGCCCCGCCCCUCCCCCCUCCUCUUCCUCCUCCAGCCCCGCCUCCUCUUUGCUCUCAGCAACAAAAGAAGAAGCCGACAUCGCCAGUGAAGCCAAUGCCCCAGCGGGUGGCGUACGGUGUUGCCACGGCAACAGCCACUAAAGCAAAACCAGGGUUCGCCUUCGACUCGCCACGACACUACACGCCCAUCGAGGGAACACCGUGCUGCUUCUCACGCAAUGACUCGCUGAGCUCCCUUGACUUUGACGAAGACGAUGGUGGGGGCGACAAGGAUGAAGAGGAAAAGAAAAUAAAAGAAGAAGGCAGGAAGAGGAAGCAGCAGACUGCGGCCGUCUUCCCUCGAACUAAACCUGCGACAAAUCAGAUGGCGACGGACGAGAAGCAGAAGUUCGCCAUCGAGGACACGCCUGUCUGCUUCUCCAGGAACUCCUCGCUGAGCUCGCUGAGUGACAUCGACCAGGAGAACAACAACAAGGAGUUUGCGCCACCACCGCCAGAGCAACAAGACGGAGGCAAAGCAGGAACAAAGUCUCCUCCCACGCAGGCCGAGUCGAAGCCCCGCCCCCCCGCAGCCAGUGGCUACGCCCCCAAAGCCUUCCAUGUGGAGGACACGCCUGUCUGCUUCUCCAGGAACUCGUCGCUCAGCUCGCUCAGCAUCGACUCCGAGGACGAUCUGCUGCAGGAGUGUAUCAGCUCCGCCAUGCCGAAGAAGAAGAAGAAAGCUGCUGCCGCUGCUGCUGCCCCCGCCGCCAUAGCCACGGCCCUUCCUGUUCCCAAAGCCGAUGAUGGCAUUUUGGCUGAGGAGGAGCCUUCAGAGGCGCCGAGAAGCCCCGCCUCCCCGGAUUCAGAGUCGUUUGAUUGGAAGGCGAUUCAAGAGGGCGCCAACUCCAUCGUCAGCAGCUUGAACGCUGCCGCAGCUGCCUCGUCGCUGUCCCGCCAACCAUCAUCAGACUCAGACUCGGUCCUCUCCCUGAAGUCUGUAGGCUCACCAUUCCGGCUCCCGACGGCCAAUAACCACGCAGAAGAAGAGGAGAUGGAGGAGAAGGAGGAGGUGAAACGAGGAGCAAGGAUCCUGAAGCCAGGAGAGCGCAGCACGAUGGAGGCCAAGAAGAAGAAGGAAGAGGAAGAGGAGGAGGAGGCUGCGAAGGCGGUGAGAGGCGGGAAGAAGGUGUACAGGAGUCUGAUCACAGGAAAGCCGAGGGCAGAGCCAGCAGCCAGGGGGCGGAGCAAACCCAGAGCAGCAGCCGUGGCCAAAGCUCCGGGCAGCGGUGACGACAGAGGAGGCGGGUCGUCACGGGACUCCACGCCGUCUCGCUCCUCCACAGCAGCCAAUCAGAAAGGAGGGAAGCUGUCGCAGCUGCCACGCACAGCGUCUCCAGGAAGUGCGUCAUCAUCAUCUUCGACCUCCAGGCCGGCCAAGCAGAGCGUAGCAGCGAGGAGCAAUGGUGGUAUCCCUAGGAGCGAGUCAGCCUCAAGGGUCGGCGGCUCUGUGGCAGCAAAAAAGCAGAAAGCAGAGCCUGAGAAGCCGGCGCUUGUUCGCCAGUCAACCUUUAUCAAAGAGACUCCGAGUCCGACGCUGAAGAGGAAGCUGGAGGAGUCCGCUGCAGCCGCCGCCGCCGCUUCAGAGUCGCCGUCCAGUCCUGACACACCGCUACCGCCAACAACUAGGAGACACGACGUCAACCGCUCACACUCUGAGAGCCCCUCGCGCCCACAGGAAGUGACAUCAUCACGUUUCAGCCGCACCGGCACGUGGAAGCGGGAAAACAGUGGCGGUGGAGGUGGAGGGAGUGGCGGGAAACACUCAACAUCCUUACCACGCGUUGGGACAUGGAAACGGACAGGAAGCUCGUCGUCAAUACUGUCAGCGUCCUCAGAGUCCAGCGAAAAGGGGCGGAGUGAGGAGGAGGGCGCCAUGAGGUCGAAGGGGACAUGGAGGAAGGUGAAGAGCGGCAGCACUUCGACGGCCGGCCGCAGCUUCACCGACAAAUCAGAGGAUGUGUGGGUUCGUCUGGAGGACUGUCCGGUCAACAACCCGCGCUCCUCCUCUUCCUGUUCAGCCCGCUCUCCCACCGCCACCAACGCCCCACCUAUCAUCGACAGCCCCGCCCCCUCAAAGAUCCCGUCCUCCUCCUCUUCCUCCUCCUCCAACCUGAACCUGCGUCGCAGCUGUGAAAGCCUUGACGACAAGCCGCCGCCCCCUGACCGGCAGCAACCACAACAACAGCAGCCGCAGCGCGGUCAGCAGCGCAGCGGUGCUGUGGCUGCUCGAGUCAGCCCUUUCAACUACACGCCAAGCCCGAGGAAGAGCAACGCCGACGUAACCACCACUGCCACAGCAACCAGCACGACAUCAUCAUCAACUACCCCCACACGACCUUCACUCAUCCCCACGCCUGUCACCAAAAAACGGGAGCCAAAGGGUGGAGAGGGCGGCGGUGGCAAUGGUGGCGGCAGUGGUGGCGGUGGCAACGGUGGUGGCGGUGGCGAGCGAGGCUCGUACAUCGUGACAUCAGUGUGAAGAAUCCGGACACACAAUGGCUGCCCCAGUUGGGACAGUGUAAAUAUGGAGGGAGAAAAGUGUUUGUGAACUGAACUGUACAGGAAGUGAAUCUGUAUUUAAGUGCUAGCCCAACCCCCUCACCUCCCUCCUCUGCCCUCAUUGGCUCCUCUCACCUGUCAGUCAAGCUUCUUUAUUCAAAGAGAGAAAACUUUAAAAAAGAACUUUUUAUGUUUUUAUACCACUAAAAUGAUGUGUAGCGCUUAGCUCCGCCCUUCUGCCUGUGUCCCUGCAUGGCCCCGCCCCCACCCUUAAUGAUGACAGUUACCAUGGUGACAUAACGAUGAUGAUAAUGAUAACAAUGUUCCUGCUAGCUGUAGCGUCUGAGCUGAUUCUGCUCUUCUGGAAGUUUUCAUGUUUUUUUGAAUGGAGUUUGGUUCCGAUGAAAAACGUGAAGGUCUGAACUGUGAUGAAUUUUUUUUUUUUUUUUUUAACUGAAGAUCUGAUGAAAAAUUUAACUUUAAAAAAUCUGAGAAUUUCCUCAUCUGAAAUCACCAGUUCAGUUUUCUAACAUUUUUCUAACUGGAUCUGGUUCAGACCGGUUCAGACCGGUUCAGACCAGGACCUGGUAGCGUCACAGAAACAGGUUUUCCUCAGAACCUCACUCUUCACUCACAAACUGCUUUUACUCCAGGGAGGGAAGUUUGCUGCGACUGAACUGUAGAAAUUUAAAACUGAAACACUUUGAAACUGGUUUGAGGAAACUGCUGAAAACUUCCCGCUCUGUGUCGCCUUGGAAACUAAUAACACUGUAAAACGUAAGUUAUUGCUGUAAAACCUUAAAACCUUUUAACUUUGAAGCACAUAAUGUAAAACAAAAUGAUUUUUGCCAAAACGUUUCCACAGUUUUAUUCAUGGCUGUAAGUUGAUUUUCACUGUUUUUAUGUUGCUGGAGGAAAAAGGCAAAAACUUUUUGGUGAAAUGUUACGACGAUAACAAAUAAAAUUCAACAUUUUAGGUGCAAACUGGGCCGUGUGUUUUUAUUGGUGUGUUUCAAUGAAGUAAUAAAGUUUGUGCUUGUACGGAGGCCUUGAAGGGACAUGAGAUUCACAGAGAAUGUACGCUCAGAACUUUCUCUCACAUUGUAUUUAUUUCAAAAUAAAACUUUUCAUGGAAUAUUA